AUGCCGCCAGUGGGCCGCCGUCAUAAUGCGUUCACCAAACCGCUCUACCAGCACCUACGGGCGGAACUCAUCGUCUUGGCGCAGGCGUUGGACGUGUCAUCGGAUGGAUCGGUCGUCGAGCUGAAGGAGCGUCUACAAAAGCUUCUGUUCGAUAGGAGGGCCGAACUGAUGACCCACCCGGACUAUGAGCUCCUGUAUACCAAGAGGCAGAUUGAAGAUUACCAGAUACUUGACGGGCGUAGAACAGCAGAUCGUGCAGCUCCGCGCCCUGGAGACGAGCUCGAGAAUGGGCGACGCCAGCGCCAGAAUUCUAUAUCUGGUGCAGUCCGCCCACCGCGGGCGAGUUCAAGUCGUGGCCCAGCGGUCCCCAUACAGAUCCCGUCGAACAAUACGAUAUCGCCCCGACGCAACGAUCGACAAUCGCACGGGAGAGAAGAUAGGGGUCAAAGGCAAGACCGCAGGCAACGUGGGCAGUCGAUACCGCCUGUUCAUGCUCGUGCAGUUGAAGAACCACGCCUGGAGCGUCCGCAAACAUCUGGCGCUCGCGCUCAAGCUCCGGUGGCAGGGCCAAGCACGGAAGGACACACCGCACCUGCGCCAGUCGCGAAUGCACGCCCUCCUCCGGUCUCGCCACCCGCGGCAAACAAUCCAAACUCGUAUUUCAUCCCGCCAGACGUUCGCCAGCAGUUGCAGCGACGAGUCCAUAUCCAACUGCAUCGGCUGACCGACGCUGCGUGUGCGCAUCGCGAGCCAGCCUCGUCCCUCGCGUUGCUGCUAAAGAACAACUUGAAGGCAAGCACAGCGGCAGCUGAAAUUUCGGGUUCCAAGAGCGAACUUCAGCUAUCGUUCGUCGAGUGGUUCCAAGCCUGGCAGCGCCUGCUGCAGCUGGUGCGCCAGCACCUGCCGCAGCAGCUGGAUGCGUGGCAAGCGCACUUCGCCCACAUCAGGGACGCCCCAGGCGUCACCGGACACGACUGGCCUGUGUGGCGAGCGUAUGACGCCGACGUCCGGAGGCGGGCUAUGACCGAAGGAGCUAGUCCCCGCGCGGCGUUUGACAAAGGGGUAUGGGACGCGUGCUUCGCUGGUUAUGUCGCUGGGGUGGAAGAAGCGAUGAGACUGCAGCAAUCGGCGUUGCAAACCCCUGAGAGGGCGUCUACGCAGGAGGGGCAGGGUGUUCGGAGCCGUUCACAGGGAUCCGGUCCAUCUCGGCCGAAGAAGGGCAAGUGCAAGGGCAAGGGUAAGGGCAAGGGCAAGGGGAUGCGUGAUACGCAAAAGACAGUUCAUCCCGUGCACGCUGGUGAAUCAGGUAAAGAUCCCGUUGCCCAAGCACUCAAGAAGGCCGAAAAGAAACUCAAGGCGGAAGCGAAGGCGAGAGGAAAAGCGAUUGAGGACGCAAAGCAGCAGCAGGCCCCGCCGAUUGGCAGUACCUCUACCCCGCCCGCAGGAGCAAAAUCCACCAGUCGUCAUGGUGGAUCCAAGAAACAGAAAGGGAAACACCCGCAGCCUGCAAGCUCGGGUUGA